CCCUGCGGACGCGCCUUACCGCCGGCAGGCCCCCGGCUAUAAAGGCAGCGGGAGGGACCCGGCAGGCAGCGGAGCCGGUCCGGAGGAGCUGGGCCCGUCCCGUGUGCUCCCCGGGAUCCCCGAGAACCCCUCGGAACCGGGCGCACCAUGGCUCUCCGGGCUGCGCUUCUCCUCGCCCUCCUGGCCACCUUCCCGGUGGCACCGGCCGGACCGGGGCGGAGCGGCUUCUGGGCCGAACUCAUCCAGCUGACCGGAGACAAGGACGGUCCCAAGCUGGGCAGAAGCGUGGGGAAACCGAAGGGAAGCGUCCAGGAUGGGGUGGGCUGCGUGGGGAACCUCCUGGAGAAGGGGACACCCCUGGAGGGACCCCCAGGACACGGACAGCUGAGGGGGGAGCUGGAGAACCUGCGGGUGAAGCUGUCCCCCCUCAGGAGGUUCCUCAGGAGGCUCCUGCGGGAUCUCCGGCACCGCCUGCGUCCCUUCACCCGGGAGCUGCUGAUCGGGUGUCCGCGGUGGCACCUGGUGACAGCCGAGCUCCUUGGGGGUGCUGACGAGGUCCAGAGGUUCCUGUCCCGCCAGGACCAGGUCACCUCCCACCCCGAGCAGCUGGGGGACACCCAGCCCCACGCCCGGAGCAUGGUGACAGAGAUCCCGUGGCACUGCCACCUCCUCCCGCACAGCCCCCGCACCCCGGGGCGGCUCAGCCAGGAGCUGUGGGACAGGCUGACCCGGAACGCCCGGGACCUGCACGGGAAGAUCCAGAAGAACCUGGAGCAGCUCCAGGCCCAGCUGAGCCCGGCAGAGCGUCCGGGCGGUGCCGAGGAGAUGUCCCGGGGUCAGACACUGCUCAUGGGGACACAGCCGGGGACACACCCAAGGACACACCUGGGGACACAGCCAGAGAUACACCUGGAGAUACACCCGGGGACACACCCGGGAAUACACCUGGAGACACAGUCGGAGAUACACCUGGAGAUACACCCGGGGAGACACCCGGGGACACACCCGGGAAUACACCUGGAGACACAGUCGGAGAUACACCCAAGGACACACCCAGGGACACACCUGGGGACACAGCCAGAGAUACACCUGGAGACACAGUCGGAGAUACACCUGGGAACACACCUGGGGACACGCCCAGUGACACACCCAAGUGGCCACCCCGCCUCCAGGAGCUCUGUAGGGACCUGGCCCGCAGCCUGGCCACAUGGGGGACACCGCGGUGGCAGAGUCAGGAGGACAUCAGUGAACAGUGCGGGUGGCAGGGGGACACCUGGGGACACCUGAGACACCUGGGGACAUCAGGGGACAUCAGGGGACACCUGGGGACACCUGGGGACACCUGGGGACACCUGGGGACACCUGGGGACACCUGGG